CCCUGAGCACCACCACUGCCUUAAGCAGAGUUUGUUUUCGGCACACUCCACCUCUCCCUGGUAAGGUCCUCCCCUGUCCCUCCGGCUGCCCUCUCUGGCCUCGGCCUCGUUGCCCACAGCAGCUGCAUCUUGACCACCUCCACUAAGGAUGGGCUCCAGACCCCCCAGCCUGCUGCUGCUCCUCAUCAUCGUCCUACACAUUUUGCAAUGUGCCAGAGGACAGUCAUCGUACAUUAUAGACACCGUUGGCCUUUCAGUCCUACCCAGCAGCUCGGUUCAGAGCGGGACGGCGGUGACAUUCCGCUGCCAGGCCAGUGUCAGUCACAACAGCAUCCCUCACCUGACACACACAUUCCAGAUUACAAGGGACGACGUUCUUAUCCACUCAUCCACCACGACAGAAGACUCAGUCGUAUAUGAGCUCAACCCAGCCAGAGCUGCCGACUCUGGAAGCUACGAAUGUCGAGUCACAGUCAAGGACAAGAGCAAAGCCAGCAUCAGCCAGAAACUUGAUGUCGCAGGCCUGCAGACCCCCAGUCUGUACCUGAAUAACCAGUCCCCCUAUGAGAAUGAGGAGUUCGUAGCCACCUGCAGUGCUCCAGAGGAAAAAGGAUCCCUCAUAUUCCAGUUCUACCAGAGAUUUAGAAAUGGAGAACCUCAGAGGAUAAAGCGGCUGGCAACCAAUGGGAACUCAUCAGAGACCACACUGAAACUGAGACACAUUGGAGACUGUUUUCUGUCCUGUGACUAUGAGAUCAAUUUGGUUUCUGGGACCAGACGCUCCAACAGCAGCAAAGAGGUUCAGAUCAUAGUUAAAGUUCUCAACAUUACCCCCAUCAUGAAUGUGACGCCCUACAAUGACGUCUUCGAGGGUGACAUACUGGAAGUGAUCUGCAAAGUGGUGAGCAGUCCACUGAAGAACAUUGAGGUAUUCCUGACUAAAGACAGGAGGAUCCGGAAGCAAGCUUCAGCCAUGGCACUCAGCUAUCAGUUCACUGCUCAGGAAGGAGAUUCUGGGGAGUUUGUGUGCAAAGCUGAGUGGGGCAAUGUGCAGAAAGAAACCUACCGUACAAUAACAGUGAAAGAGCUGUUUUCAAAGCCACGGCUGACUGUAGAGCCCCUGGACAUAUUUGAAGGAGACCGCUUUGAACUCACCUGCUCUGUUUCCAUUUACGUUCCUGACAAGAUCAGCAAUGAAACCAUGAAAUUCUCCAUCUACAAAGAUAACGUCAAGCUCACCGGUGCAGAUACAUACAGCACCAUGGCACACCGAGAUAAAAAUGGCAACUACACCUGUAAAGUCUACGUUGCCUCUCUGAUGCACAAUUUUGUUAAAGAAAGCCCAAAACUUGUUAUUAAAGCCAAAGUUCCCGUUUCAAAACCUGUGCUGUCUGUGGUGGGAGGUAUGCUGUUUUUGGGAAAGCGCUUCCAGCUGCUCUGUCACAGCCAGAGUGGCACUCUUCCUAUCACAUACAAUCUGCAUGGCCCCAACGGCCUGAAUGAGCAACGAGUGGUGACAAAGAUGGGGGAAAAGGCCAUCUUCAAUGCCCCAGCUAUCCACAAGAGCUCCGACUUAAACAACUUUCUUUGCCACGCCAGAAACGGUCAAGCCAGGCCUCCAAUGGAAGCGUGGGGAAUACAGCUGCUUCGUUCAACCAUCAUCAUAGAGCCCGUGUCACAACCAGUGCUGACCAUUCUUCCCAGCGUUGCGGAUGUCUCUGAGGGACACGACAUGACUCUGGUCUGCUCCGUUCAGAGUGGCAGUCCUCCCAUCAACUUCACCUGGUACCACACAGAGACAGCUGGAGCUCUUGAAUCCCAAAUGUCCGAUAAACGGGAGGGUUCUCACAGCGUAAAGAAUGUGAAGGGAGAAGAUGGAGGAGCAUACUACUGUGUGAGCACAAACGCAGCCAAUGAAACCAAACAGAGUCGCAAAGUCAUGAUCAGAGUGAAGUUGGCUGGAUGGAAAAAAGGUCUCAUUGCAGCCUUCUGCAUUCUCAUCAUACUGGCCUUGAUCCUUGUUAUCACCUUCAAAACACGUCUCCUUCACUUUAAGAGGAAAAGUAACGCCAAGCUGUUGGUGAAGUCAGCCAGCACCAAAGCCGAGCGUCUGAGCCUCACCCAGGCCGAGGUCAACGAGGCUGCAAAUGUCACUCCAGGCAUGAUGGGAAAAAGUAUAUGGAGUGAACAUGUAUCAGGCUCUGAGUCUGAUGACCAGAUUAGUGCGAUUGUUCCAGAGAAGCAAGAACCAGAGUAUACUGAGGUCCAGACCAGACAGGCAGAUCCUAACAGAGUUCCGGUGAAACAGGGAACAGACACGGUGUACAGCGAAGUACGCAACUCCCAGCAAGGUGUUCCAGAGCCGGCUGAUGGCGUGUCAGUGGAAUAUGCACAGCUGAAUCAUGAAACCGAUCACCACAGUGACCACAGUAACCAUGGUGACCCCAGCGUCAAUGACGACCAUAUAGACGAAGUCGACAACAGUGUCAGUGUGGACAUCGCCGACCACAGGGAGUGAAAAUAAGACCUGAUGCCAGACUGUUAGCUAACCAACAAGAAUAUCUGUUCCCUUAUUUAUCCAGCUUGUUAAUGCAACUGGAGUCUUUGUGCUGAAAGAUCUUUAAAGUCCAACAAAAACUGUGUUCUUCUGAUUAAGAUUUUGCUUUACAAAAAAACACUCCACAUUGUAAAUUCACUUGCUUUGUCUUUGUAGAGUAAAUAAAAUGAUUUUUUAAAGU